AUGGCCCGAGCCUGGACCCGCGAUAAAGAGCAAACUUCCUCUGCGGAAGAGCAGAUCCCCGAGACACCGCCUGACGGCGUCGAGAUAUACACUGAUGACAAUCCACCUCCGAGAUCUAUAUAUAAUUACUGGUGCCAGAGAUACAGUCUAUUCACUCGCUACGACGAAGACGUUUGGAUAACACAGAACGGGUGGUUUGAGGUAACUCCUGAGAAGGUUGCUAGGAAGAUAGCCGACCACGUGCUUGGCAGCCCUGUCGAGACCAUCCUGGACGUGUUCUGCGGUAUUGGUGGUAAUGCUAUUCAAUUCGCUCUCUCCACCUCCUGCAAACGCGUGAUCGCGGUGGAUAAGGACCAGACGGCGAUUGACUGCGCGAGACAUAACGCGAGGAUUUACGGUGUGCUGGACAAGAUCGAGUUUGUCGUUGGCGAUGUGUUCCAGUUGAUUGAGAAGCAGGAUCCGAGACUCGCGGCGGAUGCUGUAUUCAUGUCACCGCCUUGGGGAGGUCCGAGUUAUCGCGGUUUCGGUGUGUUCAAUUUGGAUACUCUGAAGCCGUAUUCGGGGGCGUAUUUGGUGGAGCAGGCACAGAAGAUUUCGCCGAACUUUGCUCUCUACUUACCCAGAACUUCAGACCUCAACCAGAUUGCGAAGAUAGUGCCUGGUCGAAGGAUACAGGCUAUCCAUUACUGCGUUCGACAGAGGAGCAAAACCUUGACGGUAUAUGCGGGGUGUUUAUCAAAAGUAUAAGUAUUGAUUCUAUUGACUUGAUGGAGGAAGGGUUCAAGCGGGACUCACCAUCCCCAGGUGCCAAGUAAGUAGGGAUAUACAUGUUACCGCAUAGCGCUAAACAGGCAAGUAUAAUGUGCAGUAAUAUACUUGAGUAAAUUUCCCAUUGGAACUACCGCGAGCAAGUACAUAGCACGGAAUCCGAGCAUAAUCCACAGGUGGUGUGGUGUGGUACCCUCUCCGGUCCGAACCCCAUCCACUACGCAAGCAGCCCCGCCGGCCCGAUAUGAUACCUGACCAAAAAUUACCGCGUAGUAUGAACAUGAGCACAGGCACAUAGUAUUUGAAUUCCGCGCGCCCGUGGAGGGAGGGGGUACGAUGCGAGUACCGGUACCGUAAUAACAUCGUGUGCCAAUUAGCGCACCGCUACUCUACCAUCAAUACCGAUGGGGCAUUGCUUUUUUCGUGAUCCUUCCCACCAAUCACCCACCACAUCGAAACGGUUGUUUGCGGGACCAUUGCGGAUAUUGUAUCAAAAAUAAAAGCGGAGAUCCUGGGGUUCUGUACUACGCCGCAAAUUUGAUACCACGAGCACCAUAGCUGGACAGUGCCAGUACCGGCAGUACUCGUAGCACGAACGUGAAAUGUGACUCUCACAGCUGCAGCACAGCCAGGCAGCCUCGUUCAUAUCGAAGAUGAAGAGAGAGAGAGAGAGAAAAAAACGGUUACCGAUACUGAUUUCGUUUUACGG